UACAUUACAAUUAAAUUAAUUACAACUAAUUAAAAUUAAUGCUUGUUGAAUUGUAUGUACAUGUAACGCCGUUUACUCGUUAAACCCGGCAUAAUCGAAUUGUUCCGAUAAGAGCCGACAAGAGUCUGUGAACAGUUGGCGAAGACAAAUCGCCUGACGAGCACACACACGCACGUGGAAAAAAAAAACAACUUGAAUCGAACAGAAGCUCCCUUGUUCUCGGCGAUCUUCCUCGCUUUAUGCUCUUCCGCGCGACUCUGUCUUUCAGUAGCGCUUCGUCUUCAUGCACAACCAGCCUCCGUCUCGUUAGCCUCUUCUCGGCUUUCACAAUCGCGCGCGCGGCAAUUUACGACAAAUACCAACGUAUACAAUUCCGUUCCGCAAUCGUCAUCCCGCGCGAUUAUGACGACAAACGUGAAAGUUACGUGCACAAUUCUCGAAACGACCGAUAAACUUUUUUAUUAGAGAACGCACAAUUUUCUUGCUUCGGUCAGCGGAAAGUGUUGGAGAUCGCAGGAUGCGCUUGUCCGACGUUUCUCGCGCGCUUCCAACGACAAGUUGAUUUCCAGUUCAAUUAUGUUGAAGUUCUGAACGCACGUGGGCGAGCAAUUGUGAGGUAUAACGGAGAUGGAGUUCUUCGAGGUUUUGUUACUGAUAGUCGGCGCGAUAUCUGUAGUUUCGUGUCGCGCGGUCGAUGCGAGCGAAGGAUCCGGCUUGGAAAUCGGCCUGAACGAGAACAACGUGACGUCGACGUUUCUGAAUUUUGGUCAGAAGACCAACGGGAGUCAGCGUUACUGGUACGAACACCUGGACGAUGCCGACCGAGUGCUGAAGAGCAAAGCCGAUAUUCUAUCCCGACUUCUGAAGAUGCACAUAGAUCGUUUGCGAAACAAAACCGAUCAGGUGGAACUGGUGUUUCUGGUGGACGCGUCCGAUUCGGUCGGUGCGGAAAAUUUUCGCAGCGAGCUCAACUUCGUGACGAAGCUCCUGGCGGAUUUUACGGUGGACACGUGGGCCGCACGUGUCGCGGUGGUCACUUUCGGCGGCAGAGGCAGCGUUUAUCGCAAUGUCGAUCAGAUUUCGAGACACGGAUCGAACGAUCACAAGUGUUACUUGUUGAACAAGCAAUUCAGUAACAUCACUUACAGCGGCGGCGGCACGUACACACGCGGCGCCCUUUUCGAAGCGUUAGCGAUUCUCGAGAAAGGCCGCGUGACCGCGAACAAGGUGGUGUUUCUGAUAACCGACGGCUUCAGCAACGGCGGUGACCCGCGACCCGCGGCCAAUCUCUUGAAGAACACUGGCGCGACCGUGUUCACGUUCGGCAUCAGAACGGGAAACGUCGAGGAGCUGCACGACAUCGCCAGCUCGCCUGGGUACACGCACAGCUACCUACUCGACAGCUUCGCCGAGUUCGAGGCUCUGGCGCGACGCGCCUUGCAUCGCGACUUGAAGACCGGACAAUACGUGCCCGUGACUCUGCCGACCGACUGCAGCAGUCUCUGCGCGGAAAACACGGCGAAUCGAAGCUGCUGCGACGAUCUGGCGACCUGCACGUGCGGCACCACGACCGGACAUUACGCCUGCAUCUGCCCGCCAGGCUACUUCGGUUCCGGUCUGAAGGGCUUUUGCCAACCUUGUCCGAACGGGACUUAUACUUCCGGCGACAGUUCCGGGGAUUCCACCGCUGCUUGUGCAUCCUGCCCAGAUGUGAAUCACGUCACUAUCAAAGUUCCCGCUGUCUCGGCGAGCGAUUGCGUGUGCGCCUCCGGAUUUUCCACGGACGGUUCCAAAUGCGACGCAAUAACAUGCUCGAAGCUGAAGGUCCCCGAGAACGGCUAUCUGGUGAAAGCGAGCGCCUGCAGCAACGUGGUGCACGCGGCGUGCGGCAUAAGGUGCAGAAUCGGUUUUCAUCUCACAGGCGACAGCAUCCGACUUUGCGGGAAGGACGGCGCUUGGUCCGGCAACGAGCCGCAGUGUUUGCUGAAAACGUGCCCGGCCCUUCGCGCUCCCGCGCACGGCCACGUGAAAUGCGAGCACGACGAGGAUUACCAGCAUCAAUUCGAGGAGAAUUCCACCGUCUAUCCGAUCGACACCCGGUGCCAGUUCAAGUGCGACGUUGGUUAUCAACUUCGCGGCAGCAAAGUGCGCAACUGUCUGCCGUUGUCCCGUUGGGACGGUCUGAAAGUUACUUGCAAAGCUGUGAAGUGCGAACCACUGCUGCAAGUCGCGAACGGCAACAUCACGCCGGAAAUUUGCACCGGUCCGGAAAAAGUGCCGUUCGCCACCAAUUGCACGAUCACCUGCAACGAAGGUCUCGUUCUGGAAGGACCUUCCAAACGAUCCUGCAACGGACGCACAGGAAUUUGGUCGCAGCGUCACAGCGUUAAUCGAUGUGUGGACAAACUGCCACCUUCUGUAAAAUGCCCGCGCGAUAUUGUCGCGGAAACCGCAAAGGGCCAAAAUUACGCGUACGUGAACUGGACGACACCCGAGGUGACCGACAACGCGGACGCGUCGCCUAUUUUGUGGACGAAACCGCACAUCGUUUUUCCGUGGAAAGCGAAGAUCGGCAUGCGCAUUGUCGUGUACAUAGCGCAAGAUGCGAGUGGCAACAAAGCCAGAUGCAAGUUCAAAGUUAAAGUCGUCGACAGAGAACCACCGAUGAUCGAGAACUGCGUCGACCCGCCAACGUUUUACACCGAUCUGGACAGCGGUCUCGAUAACGUGACCUGGAACGAGCCCGUGUUCUACGACAAUUCACGAGUUGCGGUGCAGGUUAAUCAAAGUCACCAGCCCGGCAAGGAUGUUUUUCCAAUCGGCCGUACGAAGAUUUACUAUAAUGCCACCGACAAGUACAACAAUCGGGCAACUUGCGUGUUGAACAUCACGGUGGAAGAUGUGUGUAAAAAUUUAACAACACCCGUGAAUGAGUCGAUGAUCGAGCACUUUAACACUGUCAACGACGAGUUACUGUUGAAAUGUAACUCGAGCAAUCAGCUAUGGGAGUACAAUUAUCUGCCGGAAUAUUCUGAAACGCAAAUUCCAAAAAUGAUAUCUCAAGAAGGAAACGUGAUAUUACAAGGCGACGGGAAUACGAUGUGCGACAAUCAAACUGCUCUCCACAAAUUAAGUAAUUAUAUCGCUAACGACUUGAAAUCAAAGUUACUGGACAUUUGCGGCAACGAUAUUGAGUGUAAUUUGGUCAACUUCGAGCCUGAAUGCGAGAACGAUCUCUCGUCUUCGAAUAAUUUAGAAAACAACUUGAUCAGAAGACGAAGACAUUAUCCCAACCGCCUUCGGUCUUUCGGAAACGACAAGAUGAUGAUAAUCAAAAACCUGAUACGCGUAACUAGAGGGAAUUCCGAGUCUAAUAAGAACAAAGCCACUUCUAAGAGAAAAAGAGACAAAAUAGAGAUCAAAUUCAAGUUUAUCGGUAAAAUAAUCGAGGAGAAUUUUGAGAAUCCGAGGCGCGGAGUGCAGAAGUUGAGGGAGAAGAUCGACGCGAUGACGCAUAUCGGAAAGCUGGACUUGCUCAAUAACAAAACCAAUCAGGAGAUCGCGAAGCUCGCUUUGAAUCUGCAUCUCGUUUUCAAGGAACCUCAGGUUCUCUGCGAUCACGGAAGUAUGCUGAGAAAAUACAGUUGCGUAAAAUGUUCCGCGGGCACUUUUUACAAUUUAUCCUCUCGAGCUUGCCAGCCGUGUUCGUUCGGGCAGUAUCAGAACGCGACUGCCGCGCUGGAGUGCAAAUCUUGUCCGGAGAACACUUUCACAAAGAGGAUGCACGCGAAGUCGUUGAAAGAUUGCAUUCCCAUAUGCCGACCAGGGUAUUACUCCCGACGCAAACGUUAUCACGGAUCGCGUUUAGCGCUGGAGCCGUGCUUCGCGUGCGAUUUCGGAUUUUAUCAGCCGAGCUACGGACAGACGCAAUGCACGCCGUGUCCGUCGAACACGACAACGGAGAGUCGCGGCUCCGCAAAUGCGAGCGAUUGCGUGUUGAUGCGCGACAAGGAAAUCGACGAUUGCCGGACGGAUCCCUGCUUGAACGCGGGACGAUGCGUUCAAGACGAAAGUGGUUACGUUUGCGAAUGUCAGAAUUAUUACGUGGGAUCGAAAUGCGAGGAGCUGAAAGAUCCGUGCGCCUCCUCGCCGUGUUUGAACGAGGGAACGUGUAAGAUGCAACGACACUCCAACAGCUCCGUGACUUACGAGUGCGCGUGCAAAAGCAGUUACACGGGCGUCAAUUGCGAAAUUUACGUGGAUGAGUGUUCUACUGAUCCUUGCCAGAAUAAUGGAAAAUGCGUGAGCACCGAGAGCGAUUUCACUUGCGAAUGCAACGACGGGUUCGAAGGCCAAUUUUGCGAAAUUUCGAUGGACCACUGCGAGCUGAUACCAUGCGAGGAAGGAUCCACGUGUCGCACCGCGAACGGAACGUGGCAUUGCCACUGCAAGCCCGGAUUCCUGGGCCGUCACUGCAGUCUGCUGCCCUGCGACUGGAUACCGUGUCACGCGAACGCGAUUUGUCUGAACGUCAAGGAAGAGAACGCGACGCGCAAUAGUUACAGAUGCGAGUGUCCGGACGGAUACACGGGAGCGGACUGUACGAUCAAGAUCGAUUACUGCGAGAGCUCGCCUUGCUCGAACAACGGGAAUUGCGUCAAUCACGUUGGCAAUUACACGUGCGACUGUCACGUUCCUUUCGCAGGACGCAACUGCGAAAUCGAAUUGUCGUCCGAUUACGUGAUGCACUUCGCGAGGUCCGGCACUACGGACUACGUCGUCGUUAAAGGACCCGCGAACGAUCUCUCUCAACUGUCCGUUUGCCUGUGGUUGCAAUCGACAGAUACCUUCAAUUACGGUACAGUGCUGUCGUACGCGACAACGUUCCACGAUAACGUCUUCACGUUGACCGAUUACAACGGAUUCGUCUUGUACGUUAACGGAGAGAAAAUCGUGACCGACGUUAAAGUCAACGACGGUUACUGGCACUUCCUCUGUAUCGUCUGGGAGAGUCAGUACGGUUCCUGGCGCGUGUUCGUUGACGGAAUUCUCAAGGACAGUGGCUUCCGCUUAGCUCAGAAAACUGUCAUACAAGCAAACGGAUCUCUCGUCAUCGGGCAGGAACAGGAUCGACUGGGUGGCGGUUUUUCCGAAUCGGAAGCGUUUCUGGGAAAGCUCAGCAUGCUGGACAUGUGGGACGUCAUUCUGGACGAGGAUAACGUCACCGCUUUGUGGAACAGCUGCGAGAAGUAUCACGGAAAUCUCGUAGCCUGGGCGCAGAUGCAGCAAUAUAUUCACGGUGACGUUGUGAUCUUAGCUAGCCCGUUUUGUCGUGGCUGCCCUUUACCCGUAGUACCCUCCAGAGGUAACAUUAAGGUGAGCGAGGAUCUGUCGGAGGUGACGUAUUACUGCGAUAACGGGUACGUGAUGCAGAUCGGCGACGAGGAACGUCGCUCCUUCGUGCGGAGGUGUCUCAAGCACGGCCAGUGGGAAGGAUACACCACGCCGAGCUGCACGAAAAUUAAGUGCGGCUUUCCGGGAUACUUUCCGCGCGGACUGAUUCACGGCCGACAGUAUUCGUUCGGUGACGAAAUCCAUUAUUCCUGCGCCGACGGCUACGAGCUUCGCGGAAAUCCUCAUCGAAUUUGCAAUUCCGAGGGAAAAUGGACCGGACUGCCACCGAUCUGCAUAGGAACAACAUGCAAGAACUUACUCGCGCCGGAGAACGGUGAUAUAGAGUACAUCCUGGAGGAAAAUGAGAGAGACGAUCUCACGAUACUGCAGGCCGGCCAGCAACUGGAGUUCAAGUGCGAUUCUGGAUAUCGUUUGACGGGAGAAAAAUAUCUGACUUGUUUGGACACCGGUGUUUGGGAUCACGACAGACCGUUUUGCGCGCCUUACGGAUGUCCACCGCCGAAAAAAUUAGAACACGGCUACCUUGUUCUCCCGAAUUCUGACAAGUCCAACGGAACCUCCGCGGAUCCGGAGGAAAACUCGAUCGACGAUCCUUCCGCGAGGACGUAUCAUUACGGCGUCGUCGUCGGAUUCUCCUGCCGUCGCGGCUACAAGUUUCGCGGCAAUCACAAUUUAUUGACGGAAUUUAAACUACAGUGUUCCUUAAACGGCACCUGGACCGGUGUCGUUCCCGAUUGUGUUCCCCGGACGUGUUCCCGACCAGAUCGUGUGAAAAACGCGAAGCUCUUCUUCAAGAAACGAGACAACAUCACGAUCGAGAUUCCCGAGAAUGAGAGCAAAGCGACGGAAGAAGACGCUGCGGAAAUGUUCGUUUCCGGCGCGGAGAUUGUUGUUGUCUGCGAUCCGGGAUACGAGUUGGACGGAGACGAGGUCAGAACGUGUACCGAGGAAGAGAGUUGGUCCUCGAUUUCCGUUUCUUGCGUUCCGCGUAACUGUUCCGUCGGCGAUCAUCCGGUUUUUAAACUUCUUGAGAAACUAGAGAACGAAACCGUUUUCGUAAACGACACGAUAACAUCGUUUAAAUUCGAUGAAGAACGAUACGGCACAGGAAAUGUCACCAGCGUGUACAAAAGUUUCGAGAUUUUUGUUGAGGGAAACAGUUACGGGCAAGAACUGGUGUUAUCGUGUCAAAAUAACAUGCAGAUGAAUUUGGAUAAGUUGCUUUUGAAUGAGACGAUCUUUAAUGUAACGUGGAGGUGCAACGACGCCGCAAAAUGGGAGGAUACGAAUUUGUCGCUAGAGGAACCCUCGCUCGAGCUGCUGCUGAACGAUUCGACGUACAUCUGCGAUAGAUCGUGCGCGUCUCCGCAGGCACCGGAAUACGGAUAUAUCGAUAAUGACAAUAACACCGACAACAGUCGCAUGGCGAUCGACAGUGUCGUUGUUUUCAAAUGCCGUCACGGAUACGUUCUCGAAGGGAACGAGCGAUCCGUUUGUCUGCCGAACACCACGUGGUCCGCUUCGCCUUAUUGCAAACCUGUAACAUGUGGCAAUCCGCCGAUUCUCGCAAACGCGAUGUUGAAGUCGGACAUUGGCGUGAAACAGAACUUCACUUUCGGCAACAUGAUAUCUUAUCAGUGCGUUUCGGGUUAUCGCGUAUUCGGACAAACAAGCUCGAGAUGUUUAGGAAGUGGAAAAUGGUCCAAAACGACAGGCAGAUGCUCGAAAAUAUCUUGUGGCAAACCGCAGAUUCAACCGGGAAUCAAGCUCCACGGCCGUUCGUAUCUGUUCCAGGAUCAAUUGACGUACGUGUGUCCAAAUGGUAAAAAGCAGGGAAUGAUUACUUGUCAAGCUGACGGAAAAUGGAGCGAAAUGCCGCAAUGCAAGUAAAACGCGCGCAACUCUCACGACAGUUUUGCGAAAGAUUUGGUAAGGGUUUUCUUUUUGUGAAGGUGAAUAAUCUUCCACUUUUGUAACAACACAUAUGUUUUUAUUUGUUUUUGUUUUUUUUCUGAUCUCUUAUAUAUCAAGAUUCACGAAUAAUAUAGAAAACGUAAUUACAGUCUUAUCGCGAAAUAAAUAAGUUUGUAGGAUUUUCGAGAGUAGUACAGAGAGAGAUAUGCGAUAAUUAUCUUAAAUCUGUAAAUAUUUAUGCACAAUUUACGCUUCAGUAUCAAUUUUAAAAUACCCGAGAGAGGAGAGUAUACAUAUCUUUUAUUGGAAAAAGUUAAUGUAUAUUCGUACAAAUAAUUCUCGUCUCAAAAAUUGGCAUUGUUGAACUCGCACAGUCGAGAAAGACAGAGUUCCGUCUGUACUGGCCGUGAGAUAUAUCUUCAUUAGUAUUUCGCAAAGUUGUACAUUCAGUUUGUGUGUUUUUUUCCCACGUUUUUCGAAAUAGAAAUGGAAAUAAAAAAAAAAAAAAAA